CUGCACCCGCGUUGACAGAGUAAUUAUCAGUCCCGAGCAGAGAGAGCGAGCACGUCAGAUCUUUAACAACUUCAGCGCGCGAAUUUUCAGAGUGGAGAAAGACACAGACAGAGUGGAGAAAGACACAGACAGGAGUUGGUCGUGGCCAUGGAGUUGAAUUCAGUGCUUUUGACGGCGGGUGGCUCUAUUGGAUUUUUUAAACUUGUCAAUUGUGGUGUCAGUAAACUCCCUAUACCUGGGUCUGCGUGCAGAAACGCCUGGAAAUGGAGAAAUGUAUGCACAUCUUUGACACACAGUCUGAUAACUGGGAUAUGGGCUGUACUGUGCUUUUUCGUACACCCACAGAUGGCCGAAGAUUUGAUAGGAACCCAUUCUUUGUUCUCGCAUGCGUUGGUUUCUGUAUCAAUCGGUUACUUCAUCUAUGACUUCCUUGAUAUGGUGCUCAACCAGAAGAUGAUCCUGUCAUGGGAGCUCCUAUUCCAUCACACAGUGGUGAUCAGCUGUUUUGGCAUCGCCGUCCUGACCGGUCGCUACGUUGGCUUUGCUGUGGUGGCCCUCCUGGUUGAGAUCAACUCUGUGUUCCUCCACCUGCGCCAGAUCUUACGCAUGGCCAGCCUAGCAGCGGGCGACCUCUACCGCAUCAACAGCAUGGUCAACCUAGGUACCUACGUGGUGUUCCGGAUCAACACCCUGGCCUGGAUGACCCGCUGGCUGGUCCUGAACCGGGACAACAUCCCCCUGUUCAGCUACACAGCUGGGAGUGUAGGGCUUGCCGUCAUGACCGCCAUGAAUAUAGUCCUCUUCUACCGCCUGCUGAGGUCUGACUUCCUCAAGAGUAGUGCACCCAUGCCCACAGAGGUUAAAGAGAGUAGAGGGCAAGGAGAGGGAAAGAAGGAGACGUAGUGUGGGGUGAUCUCUCUCCUGUUUUGGGGUACAGGCAUUUACAAUUCACACAAGUCCAUUGAAUGAUAGCCAAAAAUACACGUAUGUAUAAAAUAUACAAUUCUACUAUUCAUUACAUUUGGUGUUUUACAGUGCAUUCGGGAAGUAUACAGACCCCUUAACUUUCGCCACAUUUUGAUACGUUACAAUCAUAUUCUAAAAUGGAUUACAUUUUUCCCUUAUCAAUUUACACACAAUACCCCAUAUGACAAAGCCAAAACAGGUUUAGUCAUUUUUGCAAAUUAAUUUGAAAAAAACCCCGGAAAUAUCACAUUCACGUAAGUAUUCAGACCCUUUACUCAGCACUUUGUUGAGGCACCUUUGGCAGCGAUAACAACCUUGAGUCUUCUUGAACCUUGAGUCUUCUUGGGUAUGACGCUGCAAGCUUGGCCCACCUAUAUUUGGGGAGUUUCUCCCAUUCUUCUCUGCAGAUCCUUUCAAGCUCUGUCAGGUUGGAUGUGGAGCAUUGCUGCACAGCUAUUUUCAGGUAACUCCAGAGAUGUUCGAUUGGGUUCUAGUCUGGGCUUUAGCUGGGCCACUCAAGGACAUUCAGUGACUUGUCCCGAAGCCACUCUUGCCUGUUUGCUUAGGGUUAUUGUCCUGUUUUCAUCUUUGUCAGGUUUUCAUCAAGGAUCUCUCUGUACUUUGCUCCAUUCAUCUUUCCCUCGAUCCUGACUAGUCUCCCAGUACCUGCCGCUGAAAACAUCCCCACAGCAUGAUGCUGCCACCACCAUGCUUCACCGUAGGGAUGAUGCCAUGAUUCCUCCAGACGUGAUGCUUGGCGUUCAGGCCAAAGUGUUGAAUCUUUGUUUCAUCAGACCAGAGAAUCUUGUUUUUCAUGGUCUGAGAGUCCUUUAAGUGCCUUUUGGCAAACUCCAAAAAUGCUGUCAUGUGCCACCAAGAGUCUUGGUAGUUCCAAACUUCUUCCAUUUAAGAAUAAUGGAGGCCACUGUGUUCUUGGGGACAUACAAUGCUGAAGACAUUUCUGGUACUCUCCCCCAGAUCUGUACCUCAACACAAUCCUGUCUCGGAGCUCUACGAACAAUUCCUUGGACCUCAUGGCAUGGUUUUUGCUAUGACAUGCAAGGUCAACUGUGGGCCUUUAUAUAGACAGGUGUGUGCCUUUACAAAUCAUGUCCAAUCAAUUUAAUUCAUCAAAGUUGUAGAAACAUCUCAAGGAUGAUCAAUGGAAACAGGAUGCACCUGAGCUCAAUUUCGAGUCUCAUAGCAAAGUGUCUUUCUGUUUUUUAAAUUUUUAAUACAUUUCUAAAAAACUAUUUUUGCUUUAUCAUUAUGAGUUAUUGUGUGUAGAUUAAUGAGGGGAAAAAAUACUUUCAUCAAUUUUAGAAUAAGGCUGUAACCUAACAAAAUGUGGAAAAAGUCAAGACAUUUGAAAUUAUACAUAUGAAAUGUCUUACAAGUUGAGGUGCAAAUCCCAUAGCACUGACAAAGAAAGAAAAUAUAUAUAAAAAUAUACAUACUACAGGGAAUUAUUGAAUCCAAACCUGUGUCGUCUUGAACAUGUUGUAAACAUGCUGAUUAACACUAGCACUAAGAAUUGAAGACGUUUAUUGGCAAAUUCUUAUAUAAACUAAACACUUGCUACCUCAAAAGUCUGUAGCAGCUGCAUCUGUUCCCAACAUGAGCUUUGCUAUCUAUGUUGUAAGGGUUCAGCUGUCUUGUUGCCAAUUGCAAACCGGUAAAAAGGAAAUUGGCCUUUUUAUUUGAAGGUUGAUGAACUUCACUAGUUGUUCGGUUGUUGAAGUCUUUAAUGUUUCAACCAGAAGAAUAAUAAAUCAUCCAAAUUAAGAAUAGAAGUGGCAUGUUGGUAUUCAUCAAAACUGUUUGGUUGCUAACCAAACAACAAGGCUGACUUCAGAUUGGGUUUCUCUCUCUCUCUCUCUCUCUCUCACACACACACACACACACACACACACACACACACACACACACACACACACACACACACACACACACACACACACACACACACACACACACACACACACACACACACACACACACACAGAGGCAACAGCUGCUAUGUUAGUCCAUUUGGAGAUUGCUCUUUAAGUCUAGAGUGUACCUGUCAAUUCUAGGUCCACACAUUCACCUUGACAACCAAGAGAGAAAGCUCUUCCCACGCCCACCAGCUAAUGACAUCACUAAUGACAUCCAACCCCACGGGCCAUUAGGCUGGCGUCUGAUGACUCACAUGGGGUGGUGGUCAUUGAAGUGUCAUUACAGAUUUGGCCUGAAGGAGGCAUCAUUCUCCAUAGAUUCAUAAUCUAGGACAGGGGUUGGGUUCCUUACAGUCUCUAAGGAAGGAUAUGGGACAGGUGAACUAAUCCUGGAUUUGUGCCUAAAAGGGCAACUUCAACCUAGAGCUCCAGUCCUGAUUGAUGUCACACUUUCCCCCCAGCUAACACACCAGACUCCAGUAAUCACCUAAUCAUGGGCCUCCCGAGUGGCGCAGUGGUCUAAGGCAUUGCAGUGCUAGCUGUGCCACUAGAGAUCCUGGUUUGAGUCCAGGCUCUGGCUGCGACCUGGAGACCCAUGGGGCGGUGCACAAUAGACCCAGUGUCGUCCGGGUUAGGGGAGGGUUUGGCUGGCAGGGAUCUCCUUGUCCCAUUGCGCUCUAGUGACUUCUGUGCCGGGCGCGUGCAUGCUGACACAGUCGCCAGGUGUACUGUGUUUCCUCUGACACAUUUGUGUGACUGGCUUCCGGGUUAAGCGGGCAUUGUGUCAAGAAGCAGUGCGGCUUGGUUGGGUUCUGUUUCGGAGGAUGCACGCCUCUCCCGAGUCCAUACAGGAGUUGCAGUGAUGGGACAAGAAAUAUGGGAGAAAAAGGCAGAAUAUAUAUAUACAAAAAAAUUAUUAGAAUCCCCUAAUCAUGAUCUUCAGUUUAGAAUGAAAUGGGUUUAAUCAGCUGUGUUUGUUAGGGAUGGGAAAGUGUGGCACCACUCCGGCACUUCGGUAUUGUUGCGCUGAAGAUUUUAUAACAAGAUGUAUUUCUAAGUUUUGUUCCAGUUUUUAUUUAAUUAAAUGUUUUUAUAUUUUUAAUUUAUUUGUACUCUAAAAAAAUGUGGAUUAAUUGUCAAGGGUGAAUAAAAGUAUAAAUAUGGUUAAUGAACACAGUUAUCCCUUUGAAUAAUAUUGUUUAUACCUUCAGAAGAAUUGUUGGUUAUGUUGAAGAUAUAUGGAUUGCUAGCUACAGUAUGUGGUGUAUAAGCUGUUGGGCAUUGUGGUGUUUCUGUAACCAGUGAGGUGUGCUGCCUGUUUCCCUGAGUCUAGAACAUCCAUGAGGGUCUUUUGGAAAGAGACUUUAUUACUUUUUGCUUUUUGCUGAUUUUGCUCUCUGACUAAAUACAUCCACUAUUGCAGGGGUGAGCAGUCUUACCCUGCAAGGGCUGAUGUGGGUGCAAGUUUUGGUUACAUCCAAGCAGUAAUUAUACUUGACCAAUUCUUGAUGGAAUAGUAUGAUGAGAAUAGCAAAAUUAGAUGCCCCUACCAAUGGCAACACACUGCUAUACUGUACCGCUAUCGACAAUGAAAAGACACCAAUGAUGUUUGAAAUGAAGCUAAUUAACAAAGAAUAAUUAACAAGCUUGCUUCAGCUGCUUGAAUAGACCUCCCUAACAACAGAGAGUCAAUGAAGGGCUGAAUAUUUGUCUAUAAAAACAGUCAUUUAUUUCCAUUCAAAAGUUGCCUUUUUUCGCGAAAAGACUCUUGAAUGAACUUGACUUGUUCGCCACGUAUAUGUAUGUGCUAUAUUUGUUUAUUUUCUAGCAGCUUAACCUUCAGUUGUGAUGGUGAUAUCUGAAGUACUUGCAUUAACUUAUGAGCUUUAUAUUGUGUGCUGUUUUGUAAUGAUAUGAUACCAGGAAUGACAUACUGUUAUUGCUAUUUGCCAUUAUAAUUGUAAAGUACCAUUGUGGCCUAGAUGGUUGGUAAAUAUCUGUAUAUUGUUGUAGUCUUUUGUAACUUUGGUAAUAAAGGAUACGACAAUC